AUGGCAAUCAGUAAUUGCGAUCAAUUCACCAACGAGUGUGAAAAAGUUUCAUUAAACAGCAACAGCGACACGAGAAGUAAAAAGUUCAAAAUUAUUAAUAUCAAUCAAGUGACGAGUGGUGAUGGCAAUAAAUAUCAACCGAAAAAGACACAGUUAAUUGAGAUUGACAAAUUAAUAAACAGCAGCGGUAAUGAAAAUGGGCCAAAAGAUGGAAAGAAAUCAUCGAAAAGUGGCGUUUGGCAUCAGAUUUUAAUGACAGGCGCAAUCUUACUGCUUGCAUGUUCGGCUGGCAUGCCUAUUGGGUAUUCGGUCGUUAUUCUACCUCAAUUGGUAAACCAUCCGUCAGAUGAUUUAGCAAUGGACUAUGAAAUGGCGAGUUGGGUUGCAUCAAUACAUUCGCUUGCAACACCGAUGGGAUCGUUGGUAUCAACGCCUAUAAUGAAUGCAUAUGGAAGAAAAAAUACACUGCUCUUAUCAAUUAUGCCAUUAUUGUGUGGAUGGAGCAUAAUUGCACUAUCGACUAGUCAUUUGGCUAUUCUUGUUGGACGAGUGGCGUGCGGCAUUGCUGUUGGAUUAAUGGCUGCUCCUUCACAGAUUUUGCUGGCUGAAAUUUCUCAGGCUAAUUUAAGAGGUAUUUUAGUUGGAAUCCCAUUUGUAUCAUACUCGUGCGGCAUCAUGUUUGUGUAUGGCAUGGGCAGUAUUUUAAAUUGGCGAACAGUUGCAUGGUGUGCUAUAGUGAUGCCAAUUUUUUCAUUUAUUGCAAUCGCACUUGCUCCCGAGUCACCAAAUUGGUUAGCGAGGAAGGGAUAUUAUGAAAAAGCAAAGAAAGCACUACAAUGGCUUCGUGACUCCGAUGAGACAGCAAGACUCGAGUUAAAGCAGACAAUUGAGCAUAUUGAGAAUGAAAAAAAUAAUCGAAGCCUUAAAAGUCAAUCGGUAUGGAGUACCAUCAAACAGCCGUCAGUAUUGAAGCCAAUAAUCCUAAUUAAUGCAUUUAACAUGCUACAAAUCCUAUCGGGAACGUAUUUGAUUGUAUUUUAUGCCGUCGACAUUAUCACAGAGAUUUGUAAUUUUGGCGAUGACGAUACAGCGCAAAUCUCAACAAUGCAGUCGGCCGUACUCACUGCCUUAAUACGAUUACUAUUAACGAUGGUUUACUGCUAUUUAUUAUUAAAGUGGAAACGUAGAAAUUUGUAUAUAUCAUCGUGCCUAUUUUCAGCCAUUUCAAGUCUGACAUUGUCAAUGUUUUUGUUCUAUAAAGGCAACUCGACCAAAUCUUUUAAUGAUUUAAUCAUCAUUGGUGUAUUGAUGCUCCUCUACAUAUCAGCUAAUACAUGCUCAAUGUUAAUGCCAGGAGUUAUGGUCGGUGAACUGCUUCCAUUGCGUGUACGACAUUGGAGCGGAAUGGUCUUUACAGCAUUUAAUCUCAUGUUGUUUAUUGUAACUAAAAUAUUUCCAUGGCUCAAAAUUGUCAUUAAGACACAGGGUCUCUUUCUCAUGUUUGGAUGUUCGAGUUUUUGUGCCUUUCUACUAUUUAUUUGGCUUUUACCCGAGACAAAGGAUAAAACAUUAAAUGACAUUGAGGAUUACUAUCAAGAACAAAAUUGGAUUUGGCAGAGUCGAGUGAGGAAGACGACGAAUGGAAGUGAUCAAUCUUGA